AGGAAGUUGUCCGCCCGCUUGUUUCGCUGCGGAACUCCAGAACUCUACAGAUUUGAAAAAAAAAAAAAAUGGAUACGUGUGUUGAGGCGCAUCAAGACGCCUGGAAGAACACGAAAGAGGCGGUUGCCAACUUUCGACGACUGCUACUUUGUUCAAAAUGCUCACACUUGAUGAAGGAGCCGGUUUGCCUCGGAACGUGUGAGCAUAUGCUGUGCAGGUCUUGUGCGGGCCCACAGGCAGGAGAUGGCUGUGUGGUUUGUCAGAGCCCCGCCUGGGUAAAGGACAUCCAAAUCAACAGGCAGCUCAGCAGUAUCAUACAGCUCUUCAGUGGUUUGGAGUCCAUGUUAAACCCCAGUGUACAACCAGAGUCCUCCGAGGCUGUCGUACAGCCACAAAAUGAGGGCACCGUGUUAAAACACAAGAAGAAUUUCAAGAUCUGGUUCAGUCCUCGCAGUCGUAAAGUCCGUUGCAUGGUGGAGAAAUCUGCAGAAGACAUCAUACCUGCCAACAAGUCUUUGGAAGAAACAGCUGCAGUGCACCCUGGCAAUAAAAUCGCUGAAGUCAAUGACCUGACAGUUUUUAACUUCACCUCAUCCUCCCAAGACUCUGGCUCCUUGUCUCCAAAAUUCAACACUAACAAGAAGAAGAGGAAGAGGUCAAAUAAGAAAAGCAUUGCCUGCAGGAAGGCAACAAUGGAAAGAGCCACAAGGAAACAGACGAGACAGAUUGUGAAGAAGAACAAGCUUGAUGCCAUAAACAAGCAGUGGGGGAUUACAGAGGAUGAAGAUGCCUUUGUGGAAUCAGAGCCCACUGGUGCACAAGUUGAAGGGAGGUCAAACAAAAGGGUUUCUUUCCUGAGCCCCGACUCUGGCAGUGGCGUCAUACAGCAAGGACUCUCCGAAGCUACCAUCACUGUGCCUAAAAACCAAACUCAGUUUUGUUCGAAUAAAAUGGACACACUGCCCGCCUCCGACUCCAUCCUGACAGACAAUCCUCAAAAACAGGCCAGCAAAUCUUCUCCAAAGCAGUCCUCAAAACGGCCAAGACUGGAGGGAGAAAUCGUUACCCUGGAGACCACACCGAAACGACGAAUAGCCUCACCAGGUGGCUGUCGAAAGUCAUUGGGUCGCUCGUCUCCAACUGACCUUAAAUCUCCUUCGCCCAGCCGGAGGUGUAAAAAGACCUCCCGAGAGGAUAAAGGAGAGAGUCCCCCUCUCCCAAGCAUUGUAGGCAGAAAAUCACCCUCUUCUCAUGCAUCUGUGAGGAGCCCAACAGUCACAAAGAAGAACCGCAAAGGAGAGACUCCACUACAUUUAGCCGCUAUAAAGGGGGAUGUUGAGGCUGUCAGGGAACUACUGGACCAAGGAGCUGACCCAAACUUGAAGGAUAAUGCAGGAUGGACACCUCUACAUGAAGCAUGUAACCUUGGUCAUCUGGCGGUGGUGGAGGUGCUAGUUUCACGGGGAGCACUCGUAAACACUCCUGGCUACGAAAAUGACUCUCCACUACAUGAUGCUGUGCGGAAUGGCCACAUAGCUGUCGUCAAAUUGCUGCUGCAUUUCGGAGCCUCGCAGAAUGUGCUUAAUCUUCAUGGGAAGCGGCCUGCAGACUGUGCUGUGAGUCGGGAGAUGUUGACGAUCUUCCACGAAGCCUCUGAAGAUGCUAACACAUCUAUGACCAGCCUAGCCAGUCUUUCUGUGGGUAGCUGUGUGAAACAAGACGAAAUUGUGUUUCUGUCCACCAAGCUGUCGCAAACAGACCGGUGUCAUUUGUCCAGGCUGAGCCGUCUGUUGGAUGGGAGUGUAACAGACACCUUUACUUCCUCAGUUAGCCAUGUUGUGGUGCCAGAAGGACCUAUACCGACCACGCACUCCACCCUCCUCGGACUUCUUGCCGGCUGCUGGAUUGUCAAAUACAGCUGGGUGGAGGCAUGUCUGCAGGCGGGCAAGCGGAUGCCAGAAAAUGAGCACGAAGCAGGAGAAGGCCCGCAGCGCAGUCGCAUCAACAGAUGCAGCUUGCUCCCGCCACUCUUCGAUGGGUGUUACUUCUUCCUCUUGGGUGCCUUUAAGUCACCCAGGAAGGAUGAGCUGGCCAAGCUGCUCCGCGAGGGAGGCGGUCAGCUUUUGAGCCGGCAGCCCAAACCCGACAGCGACGUGACUCAAACCCUCAGUGCGGCUGCCUACCACGCUCUGCCAGGCUCGGACCAGGCCUUCUGUACCCAGUACAUUAUCUUUGACCCCCAGAGUCAUUACAAGCCUUCUGUGGUGCGAAGGGGCAAAGUGUGGUCCGCUCCCUCCACAUGGAUCAUCGACUGUAUCGCAGCCUUCCAGCUUCUACCUGUGCCAGACCUUCAAUCAGGAUAGUUUUUUUUUGUUAUCAAUCCAUCCAUCCAUUCAUUUUCUAUGCCGCUUUAUCCUCACAAAGGUUGUGGGUAUGCUGAAGCCUAGCUCAGCUGACUUCGGGUGAGAGGCGGGGUACACGCUGACCUGGUCGCCAGCCAAUUGCAGUUUUAUCAUCAAAUACUUUUUAAAUUUGUACUAAUUAUGUUGGUAUCCUGAUAUGAUAAAUGUUUAUCAUGAAACACAUAUUAAAGAAUGUGGGUUGUGCUUUUGUACAGAUGUGCACACUUGUCCAGUGGAUGCAAGGUCUACUAUUGAGAUGUAUGUACAGUAUACCUGUACAUCUAAAAUGUUGUACUCUUGUUGUACUUCGUAUGGACGUGCUAUAUUAUGAGGCUAGCGUGUUUUUAAGCCACUCUUUAAUCUUGUGAACAAUCUGGUAUGAGAAUUUCCCGAGAUUUUCACUAGAUAUUUUGAAUUUCUCACAACUUCAGGAAGUCCAUGUAUGGCAACUUGCUGGGUCUGCCGACCCUCGACUCCUGACGAAUGGCAACAGAUUAGGUUUGGUUGGGGAAUGAAGCUGCCGAAUCAGCGUUUCGGCCAAGAGGCGAAGAAUGCAGAUUUACUCUGUACGACAUGCGUAUUUUUAUUAAAAGAAACUGUAGUGCCCCACUGGGCUCCGAUGUAAUAGUAAAAACCCCUGAAAUUAGCCGGAUAGGCAUACCUGUCAACAUCUGCAUUUGAACAGCAGGGAAAUAUUCCAGAAAAUGAAGCAGAUUCUGGUCCACACAGAAAUAGAUGCCCAAAUGGAUAUCUGAACCCUCGAUCUCCUGACUGUGCAGCCAGUAAUGAGACGGAAUUGAUAAGAUUUGUUUCACCUUGAAUAUAUAUAUAUAUACCUUGAAAAUAUAUGUAUAACUCUUGCUGAAUGUGAGGAAAAUAAAGAAUUGUUUAUGUCAACAGGGUGUGUGUGUGAGAGAGAGAGAGAGAGAGAAUAUAAUUAUGUUGUGUAUGUUCUAUUCAACAGCACAUGGCUGCGGGCAUGAAUGUUUUAAGAUGCCUUGUGUUAUUAGGAUGCUCUUAACUACUAUUGAUUGCUUUGUGCUGCAAAAAUUGCUUUCCUUGUC